CUGAGCAGAACCUCCUGGGAGAAGAUGCCUUCCUCACUCACAUUGAUUUUCAUGGUCAUCUUUCUUCUAGAGUCCUUGGCUGCAAUGUCGCAGAAUGGCUUCAUUGUUGUUGUGCUAGGCAGGGAAUGGGUGCGAUGCCGCACACUGCCCUCAGGUGACAUGAUUGUGUCCUGCCUGGCUGCCUCCCGGUUCUGCCUGCAUGGGAUGGCUCUCCUAAGCAACUUUAUGUCGUUAUUUAAUUUUUGUUCCCAAGUUUCCUAUUUGGGCGCUCUUUGGGAGUUUAUCAACAGUCUCACUUUCUGGCUUACUGCCUGGCUUGCUGCCUUCUACUGUGUGAAGAUCUCAUCCUUCUCUCAUCCCAUCUUCUUCUGGCUGAAGUGGAGACUUUCUCGGUCAGUGCCCAGGCUGCUGCUGGGCUCCCUGAUCAUAUCUGUUGUGACAGGCAUCUCAUCAGUCAGUGGGAAUAUAAUUCUUAUGCAGAUGAUUGCCUCCCUGAGGUCCCAUGGAAACCACACUCUGGCUGAUAGAAUAAGGACCUUCUCUUGGCACUUUUUUCUACCUCAAGAUGUGCUUGCAAUGUCAAUUCCCUUCCUCCUGUUCCUGGUGUCCACUCUCUUGCUCAUGUUCUCACUGCGCCGGCACUUGCGGCAGAUGAGGGCCCAUAGACCCGGCCCACAUGAUCCCAGCACCCAGGCUCACACCAUGGCCCUUAAGUCACUUACCUUCUUCCUCGUGUUCUACACAUCAUAUUUCCUGUCCCUGAUUAUUACUGUUAUGAAAAUCACAACUCUGCAGGAUCAGUGGCACUGGGCCUGGGAAGUGGUGACCUAUGCAGGCAUCUGUCUGCACUCCAGCAUUCUUGUGCUAAGCAGCCCCAAGCUGAGAAAGGCCCUGAAGAUGAGACUUUGGAAAGCCCCGGAGAAAAGGUGGUUCAUCGCAAGUAUCAAUAUCAAUAAUCAGUAUCAACAGACAAGCCCUUAA